AUGGCGUAUCGCAAUGGCGCACAGCCCAACUCGGGCAACUCGCCCCUUCCACAACAGGCACGCUCCCUCCCACACGUACAGCAACCCACAAACCAGAUGGCCUACGGCGCACAGUACGCCGCUCCCAUGGGCUACAACAUGAACAUCCCCAACAACCACGGCCCCCUCAAUUACGGAUUCAGCGCAGCAGGUCAGGGCGGCUUUGCCCAGAGCCAGGCCUACGCACAACAAGCCCAAUACCAGGCGCAGAUCCACCAGGCCGCCAUCGCCGCACAGGCUCAGGGUCCGCCCUCCCAGCUACAGCAUCCCGCCAUGUCGCAGGCCGCACACCUCCAGCAGCAGCAGAUCGCCGCCUCCCAGCACAACAACCUCCACGCUCCCAACGCGGGCUAUCCGCGCGCACAGAGCACCUCCCCCAUCAACCGCUCCCCCUCCCCCUCGGCCCGUCCCAUCAACAACGCUCCCCGAAGCCCACAGCCCUACGGUCAGGCGCAGACCUACUCCCAGCAGCAGCAGCAGCAGCAGCAACAGCAGCAACAGCAACAGUACUACCAGCAGCAGCAACAACAACAGCAACAGGCACAACAGCAGCAGCAGCAACAGCAACAGUACGCACAGCCAACCACGCCCACCUCUCCCAACCCCGCCAUCGAAAAGCCCGCAGACUACGUCUACUUUGAGCGCUCCACCAACGGCAUGCAAAAAUCCACCAUCGAGGCGGCGACGGGCGCCAAGCUCAAGCUCGAAAACUUCUACAAGGUGUACGUCGAGCAGGCGGUCGAGCGCAUCAAGCGCGCCGCCGAGCUCGAGGACCGCCUCACCAAUCCGCCCGACGCACAGCUCCUCUCGGACGAGCGCAAGGCGCGCCAGCUCGCACAGCUCGGCCGCCGCGAGUCCAACUUUCUGCGUCUGCGCAGGACGCGCCUCGGCCUCGACGACUUCCGCACGGUCAAGGUGAUCGGCAAAGGUGCGUUUGGCGAGGUGCGCCUCGUGCAAAAGACCGACACCGGCAAGAUCUACGCCAUGAAGACGCUGCGCAAGAGCGAGAUGUUUAAAAAGGAUCAGCUGGCGCAUGUAAGGGCAGAGAGGGACGUGCUCGCCGAGUCCAACUCGCCCUGGGUCGUGCAGCUCUACUACUCGUUCCAGGACACCGCAUAUCUGUAUCUGCUCAUGGAGUUCCUCCCCGGCGGCGACCUCAUGACCAUGCUCAUCAAGUACGACACUUUCAGUGAGGAUGUCACGCGGUUCUAUAUGGCAGAGUGCGUGCUGGCGCUCGAGGGAAUCCACAAGCUCGGGUUCAUUCAUCGCGAUAUCAAGCCGGACAACAUCCUCAUCGAUGCAAAGGGACACAUCAAGCUGUCCGACUUUGGCCUCUCCACCGGAUUCCACAAGCAGCACGAUUCCGCCUACUACCAGCGGCUGUUCGAAGGCACCUCGGGGCAGAACCCGGCACAGACGGGACGCAACUCGGUCGCGGUCAACUCGAUCAACCUUACGCUCAGUUCGAAGGAUACGAUUGCUACGUGGAAGGCCAAUCGGCGCAAGUUGGCGUACUCGACCGUGGGUACGCCGGACUACAUUGCGCCCGAGAUCUUCCUGCAGCAGGGGUACGGCAACGAGUGCGACUGGUGGAGUCUGGGUGCGAUCAUGUUCGAGUGUCUGUGUGGCUAUCCUCCGUUCUGUUCGGAGAAUGCGCACGAUACGUAUCGAAAGAUUUUGGCGUGGAGGGAGACGCUGCAGUUUCCGGAUGACAUUCAUCUGUCGCCCGAGGCGGAGGAUAUGAUUCGUCGGUUGAUCACCGCACCGGAGAAUCGGCUGGGUAGGAAUUCGGCGAGCGAGAUCAAGCAACAUGCCUUCUUUGCCGGAGUCGAUUGGGCGACGAUUCGGCAGAUUGAUGCGCCGUUUAUUCCACAGCUCAAGUCGGUCACGGAUACGAGCUACUUUCCCACCGAGGAUUAUCAGGAUGUGCCAGAGACGCCACAGGGUGCGGAUGUGGGGGUGGGGUCCAAGGAUCUCGCGUUCCUGGGGUACACGUACCGCAGGUACGAGAGCAACGAGACCGUGCUCUAA